AUCACUUCCAGGUGUGUGAGAGCCCCACCUAUAAUCACAGGGAGGGACACAGCAAGAGCACACCAGACAGAGCGUGUAGAGGUGCAGGUUUCUAACCUUCUAGCUGAAAGUUGAAAGCAAUCCCCUCUAGUUGCGGUUUUGGACCUCGUGCUUUUUCUUCUUCCUCGCCUCGUGCUCUUCCUGUUUACUCAAGCUGGCAGAGAAGCGAGCACAUCAUCAAGAUAAGAGGUGUAAAACAUCAACAAGAGUAUUUACUGCAGCCUGAACUUCAGACUGAGGCUGAUUGAGUGUAAUUCGGAGGAGGUGGAACUGUUCAUGCACCCCAAAGGACAAAAGGAUUAAAGACCUGCCACAUCAAAGGACAGUUAAACAAAGAAGGACUGAAUCCUCAUGCGGAUUACUAUAAUGAGUAUGGCCUUUUCAUCCAAGAACCUGAAAUGGCUUUCCCCCCUCCUCUUCCUCUUUUAUGCCCCUCUCACCUGUCUGUGCCAGUCAGCCAACAGCAGCUCAACCAGUUCCUCAAAUGAUACAUCCUUGAGUGGAGUGCCAGGCUGCGGCAACGGGCUGAAUCCAGUGUACCGCUAUCUAUGUGACCGCCGGGCAGCAUGGGGGAUUGUGCUGGAGACCCUGGCCUCUGCGGGCUUCCUGUUAACUAUAGUUCUCCUCUUAGCCCUGCUGCUCUGGUCCCUGUGUAUCUGCAUCUCAUCUCGGCACCAUCGCAACACCAACAUUGGCAGCAUAGUGACCUCCAUGUCCCUGUUCUUAUUGGCCACAGCUGGGAUCUUUGCCAUCACCUUCUCCUUCAUCAUCCGUCUCACCCCUCAGACAUGCCCCACCAGGCUGUUCCUCUUUGGCGUGCUCUUCUCGCUGGCCUUCUCCUGCCUGCUGGCUCGCUGCCUCGCCCUGUUGGGCGUCGCAGCAGCCCGAGGCUGGGGGGAGCCCGCUGUGGCUUUGGGGCUGUUCACCGUGCAAGUCAUCAUCGCCACAGAGUGGCUGAUCAUUGUGUUGGUCCGGGAUACGAAUCCCUGCGAGUACAGCCAGGAGGAAUUUGUCAUGUUGCUGAUCUACGUCCUGUGCCUACUGGCUAUCACCUUGAUCCUUUCCCUGCACCUCCUGUGUCGCAACUGCUGCACAUCCAGCUAUAGCUAUACAGGACCCAUCAACCAGCAAGGGAGGGUACACGCCGGGCUGCUCUUCCUCACGGUGCUGCUCUCUGCCUGCAUCUGGGUGGUGUGGAUCACCAUGCUGACCAGGGGGAACCCCAGGCUGGGUCGUCGGCCAAAUUGGGAUGACCCAGUGAUUAGCAUUGCCUUGGUGGUAAAUGGCUGGGUAUUACUGAUGGGGCAUGGGUUGUCCCAGGUCGCCUUCUAUUGCAGUGUGAAGGCAAAGUCCAAGAAUGCCCCUUUAGACUUUGCGGGAUGGACCCACCCGAGUGCUGAUAUCCCAGGACUGGCCAGCCAGAAGGAGGGGAGAGAGAACGGAAGCUUUGAGAAUGACUUGGAGAACAAGAGAGGCCGGAGAACUGAGCAAUCGCUGCGCUCACCCUACGAGUCGGGCUUCUCCAUGACGGAAAUCGACCCCAACAAAGAUUACACCAUCCCUCGCCCUCAGACCACAAACUACAAUGAACCCUAUGAUGAAUAUUAUGGACGUGAAUAAAAUCAUAUCUGACUAAUGCCUUACGCACAUGCGCGCACCAAAGUCAGAAGCUGAAGGCAGCUCAGCUCAUGCCCUAAUCUGCACUUAAAUGUGCAAAUGUAAAUAUUAUUUUUUUUUAGUAUUAUAAGAAAUGGUUUUUCAAAUGUGCCAAAUGGAUCCCCAAAACCAAAAACAAGAAAAGCAGGCUCAGCAGCAUGACUCAUCUGCUUGAGUCUCAUCACCAGAGGCUUGACGGGUUCAGAUAGUCCAGCUUUCUUCUGGCAAACCCACUGGACAAACACUCCGCGGGGCGGCGUCUGGGUGUGCUACCCGGAGAUGGCUUAUAACAGCCCUGAGGUGAUGGGAGGAGUGAAACUGUCGCUCUGAAGGUGCCAAACUGCCGAGCAGAGCAGGGACGUCCAUGAAUGAAAGAGAGGACCACCGAGAGGAAUGAGAAGAGAGAAGAGGUGAGAUAGGAAAAGGAAGGGGCAUCAGACGGAAUGAGACAAGACAGGAGGAGAUUGGACAGGAGACCUGUCAGCACCGUGGGAGGGCUCGUGCCAUCACUGAUUACCAUCUUCAUAUUCAGUUACUUCACAGUUACACUUCUGCAAAACAAGGGGAGCGAGCUAGAAAGAUGUGAGGAAUACAGCAUGUGCCUCUUUCCUACAACCUAAUUUUUUGUGCAAUUUACAAAUGCUUGUAUGAUGUGUUAUCAAUAAAAAUGAAAAGCUC